UGUUUUUUCACACAGGAGAAAUACGGCAACUUCAUUUAGCAGCCAUAUUUCAGUUGUCGGAUGUUUUUUACCAAUUAAAAUUUCCCGAAAAAUUGAAGCAUAUUUCAACUUUUUGUUGCUACUACGUGGAUUUGAAUAUUAAAAUUACAAGCUACCAAUUAAUGGAAAUACUGCAUUCAUAUUAAGAAGAUUUUAAAAUCGUUUUUGGCCGGUAUAUGCCGAACUAAAAAUCUUUCAAAAGAAGGAAAAAAGUGUUACUAGUUAAAAUGUUAAAAUGUGAUUUUACUACGAAGAAUAAUGAUUUUAAAGACAGUACAGUGGUGUAUAAAAAACAAAAAGUGCGGAAAAAAUUAAAGUUAUUCUAAAAAUCGUGUUAAAAGUAGUAUGUUUUUUGUUUUUGAAGUUUAUGAACUGCAAGUGUAAUAUAUAAAGGUGAUCUGCACAAACUUUGUUAAGAAUGGAUUCUGAUGAUUCCCGACCUGGUUCUUCAGCAUCAAACAGUUCAUCACACUCCUCGCAGAAUUCAAAUAAUUACAAUGAAAUAAAGCAUGCCACUCCAUCACAUAUUGUAGAAACAAGCCCAACAAGCAGUUCAAGAAGUAGACGAUCGCGCCGUUCGGGAUCCGUAUAUGAAGACUCACAUAAUUCACGCUCGAAAUCCAAAUCUGAUUCAGAUUCAUCUUCAAAUACUUCUCUUAGUGAUGAUGAAGACGAUGAGACAAAAUCAUCUAACAAUGUAAACCCCCCCAAAAAAAUAAGUUUAGACUGUGCUGAGAGUGAUAAGGUCAUCGAGAAUAAAAUAAAUGUAUCAACCUCGCCUUCUUUAAUCUCUCGUCAUAGUUCAAGAGAGAGUAGUUUGUCAUCUAAUCAUAGUAGAAGUAACAGUGCUGAAUGUCACCAAGAAAAUUCUGAGUUAAAUAUAACUCAUGAAGAUCUUAGUGACGUCAGUGAUUUAGAAAGCGAAAAACGGAGCUCAGUUUAUAAUACGAAAUUGUCAGUUGAAGAGGUUAAUAUAACUGAUGGUUACGAUUUCGGUGAAAAAGAAAAUAAUAUUACUGAUCUGCGCCAAAAACUGGAAAAAAAGAAAUAUCAACUGAAUGAAAAAAGUACAACACCUCCUAAAGAAGACGAACAAAUAAGUACAAAAGCCAAUGCUGAAGAAUCGUUCGAGGAUUUGGUUAAAGCUCAUGAUGAAGACGCUUUAGAUUUUGAAGCCGAAGAAGGUGAAUGUCAUGAAGCUAGCAAGAAUGAAGCAAAAGAAGAAUCUGAAAAUGGAAAUUAUAAAAAUGAGGAAAAAAUAAAUAUAUCAAAAAAGGAUGAAAAAGAAGAAGAUGAGUUAGAAGAGGGAGAAGUUUCAGAUGAGGAUGAGAAACGACCAGAGGAAACAGAACCCAAACCAGUAUGUAGAUUUUACACCCGUGGACAAUGUACUUGGGGUAUGAGUUGUCGUUUUCUUCAUCCUGGGGUAACUGAUAAGGGGAAUUAUACCAUGUUCGACUUAGUUCGACCUGUUCCACUGCCACCUAGUGGAAGUAAUGCAGGAAAUCGUGGAACUAAUUAUUCUCUACAUACUUCAGAUUUCCACGAUUAUCGUAAUGAACGUCCUGCAGUACAUCAUCGAAGUUCCUCUCUACAUCAUAAUACUGGUGUCUAUCCACCGAAUCAUGAAACUCGCAAAGUAUCCUUAGAUGGGCCAGUUGUUGUUGAAAGUGCCUGGGAAAGAGGUCUACGAACUGCAAAGGAAAUGAUGAGAAAAGCCAAUAAGCGAAAGGAGCAAGAUAUGGAUUUUGAAGAUAAAAAAAUGAAUUUAACGCUAUCGCCAGAUGAGUUAGAGAAAGAUCCAUACUAUUUAAAAGAAAGAUUAUCUCCUUCCGAAAAUGCUCGACAUUCUUUAUAUGUUGAAUCAGCAACAGAUGUUUAUAAUAGCGGUGAUCGUUAUGGGCGAGGACCACCUUUGACACAUUAUGAUGAAGUUGAUCCAUAUGGUCGAUCUACUCGAUAUAGAGAGCUCCCUCCUCAUCGCAUGCCACAGUAUGAAGAUGAGAGACGCAUUCGUCCUGCUCGGGAAGUGAUUGUACAAAGAGUAGAGCCUAUAGGCCGUAGUGAUGACUGGAAUGAUCCUUGGAUGCGUUCAAAAUCACCAAAUGGACGAGGGGGAUCUCGUGAUCAUGGAGAUAAAAGGCGUCGAGAGCGUCGUAGUUACAGCAGUAAUUCGUCUUAUACAAGUUCAAGUAGUUCACAAUCUGACUCCAGUUCCGACUCCAGUCGAUCCCUUAGUCCACUUGACCGCCAUAGACGUCGUUAUAAUAGCAGUUCACACAAAACAUCACCUUCAAUAACACGUAGAUCCGGUGGACGAAAUAUACCAUCACUUACUCCCCCACCAAGAAAACCAAGGGGAUCCCCAAGUAAGUUUUCUAACGUUUUAUUAAUAAAAUGAACAUCACGCUUUUAA